GACGCCGAGCUAAGCGCUCCACUUUGCCAUCCUCUCCUCUCCUCUCUUCUCUGCUUGGCCAUGGCGAGAGCUCAGCUUCCAUGGAGCUUCUUCUUCUGGAAGAACAUGCAGGCCCGAGUGACCUACGUGCACAUGAAGUACCUGUUCGUCUCCUGGCUGGUUGUUUUCGUGGGCAGCUGGGUGGUCUACGUGGAGUACUCCUCUUACACGGAGCUGUGCCGCGGACACCGGUGCACAAAAUCCAUGUGCAGCAAAUACAGGAAAGGCGUGGUGGACGGCUCAGCCUGCAGCAGUUUGUGUGAGAAGGACACUUUGUACCUGACCAAGUGUCUCUCCACUGAGGCUGACAACCAGGUGUAUUCGGGUAUCUGGGGCGACCUGGAGGGCGUCAUCAAGUGCCAGAUGGAUGAGGCUCCUCGUUACGAUUUAGGAGGCGACAUGGAGCCCAGGAAGGAAGCCGCCGCCUUUGACAAGCCCACCAGAGGAACCUCUGUGGAGAGGUUCAGGGAGAUGAUCCUCACCCACCUAAAGGCAAAAGUGGGGGACGACCAGGCCAAUCUCGGCGACCUCGCCACACAGGCAUUGACGGCAGCCGAUGCAAACAAGGACGGCCACAUCUCACUGGCCGAGGCACGGUCCUCCUGGGCUUUGCUGCAGCUCAAUGAGUUCCUGCUGGCGCUAGCCCUCCAAGACCGGGGCCACAUGCCCAAAGUGCUGGGCUUCUGUGGAGAUCUGUACAUGAUGGAGAAGGUACCUCACUCUCCCCUGUAUGGCCUAAGCCUGCCCUGGGUCAUGGAGAUGUGGAUGCCUGGAGGUCUGCGUCGCAGCAUGGACCAAUGGUUCACACCAGCCUGGCCACACAGGGCAAAGAUCUCCAUUGGGCUGCUGGAGCUGGUUGAAGAUCUUUUCCAUGGCACUUUUGGCAGCUUCCUCAUGUGCAACCUGAGCCCUUCCAGCUUUGGCUACACAAAGCGUCACGACCUGAAGGUGGUGGAUGCACGGCACAUCAUCCCUGAGGCAACAUUCCAGGAGGAAAUCAGGCAGCAGAGGUGUGACACAGACAAUAAUUGUCUGUAUGGCGUUGACUGCCUCACGUCUUGUGACCUCACCAAGCACCGCUGCACAACAGAAGUCACCAAGCCAAACUUGGCCAAAGCCUGCGACACCCUUAAGGACUACGUCCUGCGUGGGGCGCCUUUGGAUAUACGUGAGGAGCUGGAGAAGCAGCUGUAUGCUUGCAUGGCGCUCAGAGGCUCGGCCGAGCAGACAGAGAUCGAACACUCGCUCAUCCUCAACAACCUCAAGACGCUACUUUGGAAGAAAAUCUCCAACACCAAAGACUCCUAACGAAAUCCCAAUGUUUCCAGAAAUUGUGAGGAGACGGUGCAGAAGUUGACUUUCUUCAAAACUGUACUGGUGUCACAGCUUUGUGGAUCCAUUUGGAUUCUACCCUGCUGCAGUGCUGUUUCAACAAUCAAAAGGUCCAUUUAAUCUGUGGUCCAUGAAUAGAAGCAGAACUUGAUCCAUGGAGGCAAUUCCAUGUCUUCUCCCCAAGUUUGUACUUAAUCUGAUUUAUUUAAAACCAGAAAUAAACCUGCUGUGAGGUCAUUGAAAAGUUGGAUAAAAGCAGGAGAGAAUUGAGUAUUUUCCAUAGAUUUAUUAGAACAAAAUUUCUGCGAAGCAGCGGAGCAGAGCGAGGCCUCACUCUGCUUCCUCCUUCUCCUGAGCCCGAAGGAAGCUGGCUUUCUUCUGGGCGACGCGGUCUUUCCUCUGGGCCAGAGACAGCUUGGCACGGUUCCACCUGCGUCACAAACAUUCCAUUGGCAUCAGAGUAACAACAGGUGUAUUUUUAUUUUUUUGGAGGCGGUGUGCUCACCUCUUCUUCUUGACCUCUCUGGGAGGUUUCUUUUCAUGGACUGGGUUCUCACGAAUGGUGGCAUGAGCCUUUUUGUACAUUUCCUCAAUCUGAAACAAAACGACUCACUCAGACUAGACUGAUGUAGUACUGGGGUUUUGGGUCGAGUCUUGACAAGGGCACCUACCGAAUCAGGAGUCACACCGUUCUUGAUGAAGCGGGAGAACUGCUUUUUGUAGGCCUCCUCGUCCUCCUCCAUCAGGUAGCUCAUGUACUCCGACACGUUGAUGCCCAGGAUGUGUUUGCGGUGGACCUCAGCAUUGAACUCUUUGCUCUCUGUGUCGUAGCCCGGAAAGCGCUUGGUACUGAGGGGGGAAGAUAUCUUGAAUUUUUAGCACAGAGUAAAAUCCAUGUAUUUACUACACAGUUUUACUGACACUUAACACCCAAAAUCCAACACACACUCAAUACAUUAUGUUUUUUCCUGUGAGAAAUCAAAAACAUCUUUCUGCUCAAUCAGUAAAACUAUUAAACUUUAUAGUGGACGUCCGAUAUAUGCAGGCAGAUGCAAACACAUGCUGGUUUAUGACGAUAUAACAAGUACAACUAAUGCACUAAAAUAUUUGAGUAUCCUGCACGGCAACAUUCAUCAUCACUAGAUUACCGUAAAUUCUGGACUAUGACCCACAUGAACUAUAGUUCCCAUGAUGCUUAGAGUGCAGAGUCAGGAAGUACUGGAUUGGACGCUAAUAUCACGGUUGAAGUCUUACGCAGCGUUUAGAUCAGACAAAUCUACAGUAAGUUUGAUCGAGUGUGGAAUUACUACAGCUUCUGCUGGGACUGCUUGGAACAUGGCAGCUGUUGAACUCAGUCUCACUCACUGGCACUCAUGAGUGAGCCCGAGAACAUCGAGUGGAGGCAGGAUUAUAACGUUUGUAGUGUGCGUUUCUGUGUAAAUAUCCUAUGUUACAUAUACAUAUGUAAAAAAACAAAAAAUUCCUCUCUUUAAAUUUGGUGGGUGCGGCUUAUAUUCAGGUGCACUCAAUACUCUGGAAUUUAUGGUAUCUUGUCCUGUCCCUGAUACGCCACUCUAAAAACAAAAUUUGACUAGAAACUGUACUGAUGCAUUCUAAAUAAAGUCCACUUUGAUAUAAAUAAAACGGGUAAUAACUAGCUUAAAACAAACUACUAAAUCUGUCAUAGCUCAAUGUGGAGCUUUAACCAUAUUGCUGUUCAAUACGCAAGGGCCUUAACAUUAGGUACACAAACUAAUAAGAUGGAAUACAAGAGCUGUAUCAACUAGUACCUUUAAAGAUAAUGCUCCUUUUUGAUUGAUACUAUUGUUAAUUUAACACGUAUCCAUAGUAACCAUACAGUUGUACAAGUACAUAUGUUGAAAUUAACCCUUUAAAGCUGCUUUGGGUCAAAAAACUUCAAUAUGUUUGGAGAAGUAGAUUUGUUAAAUUGGGAGUCUUAUGGUGCAGGUGGCCAUGCAAUGUUUGUGUAGUUGCAAGAAGGGAGGGCCAAAGUCCAAUUAGUUAUUUCAUACAGACUAGAAAGUGGGUCACCAAAGACCAUUUUGUGACAUUAUUUUUAACUUGGCAUCAACAGAGGAAUCACAAAUGUGACAUACAACCUUUCAACAAAAACACUACUGUCCAAAUUCACCGUCAAAAAUAUUCUUGCGCUGCAGUCCUGACAAGUCCUGACAGUCCAGUCCUGAAGUCACAGCUUCACACAUAGCUGUCCUAUUUUAAACCUCUUCAGAAAAUGGUCCAAAAACAAAGCUGUGUGGAGCAUGAUUCAAAGAAAUGUUGCCGUUUCCAAGCAAGGUAUCUGUUCAAGAUAAAACGCCAGCACACCAUCCCCUAAAACCCCCUGAGAGCAGCUGACCUGUGAGGGAUGCUCAGGCCUCCAUCCACGGCACCUUUUAGGGCUCCAAACACCUUGUUGCCUGUGGUGGUUCUAGCCAGCCCGGCAUCCAGGUAGCAGGUGAACGCGCCUGGCUGUCCAUCAAUGCUCUCCACGUUGAACUCGUCGCCGGUCACUUCCACCUGUCCUUCGUAUACUUUGUCCAGGCCGAACUUGUUCAGAAGCUGAGGAUGUGCGGGGAGCCCACGUUAAACUUUUCAAGACCGCAAAGCAGAAAGUACACUAUACUAAAUCUUUAUAAAAGCCAUAUAGAAAAAAAACAACCAGAUAUAUUAUAUUAUAUAUUAUAAAUGGUGAUAACACUGAAGCAGAAACAUGCACUAAAUUAAGGCUCAAUUUGUUUAAAAACGAACUGAUGUACAAUGUUUGACAUUUAAGACUUGUGGCAAACGGGUAAAAAUGUCCAUAUAUGAGCCUAAUGUACAAGUCUACAAACAUGACAAUACAGUAGAGCACUGCUAUUGACAGGACAUGCCGGGACCAUCAGCGAACAGCAAAAAAAAAAAAAAUGCAACCAAUUAAUUUACCCAUAAAAAUGCAUAUUUUUUGGUGCAUUCAAGUGCAAAAUAAACCCAAAAACCCAAAACAGUGAAGCAUCCAAACGAGGGGUGCUCGGAUCAGGGUUUUAUGCUGCAGAUUCAGAUACCGAUCAGCCAGGACAGAAAUCGGCCCAUACUGAUCACAUGGAUUAAUGAUGCAUUUAAUUUCUGAUGAGUUCUAUUGGCCAGGGGUGCCGUAUAAACGGGAAAAGUCAAGACAAUUCCAAGGUCCCUUGACUGCCAGAGGGCCCAAAAAAAUAGGUAAUUCCUAAUAAAAAUUUGUAAUUAAGGGGGCAACGUGAUUCCCCCCCCCCAUAGGACUCAAAAUUGUCCAUGAAUGAGAGAGUGUGAAUGGUUGUCUAAAUGUGCCCUGCGAUUGGCGAUCCAGAGUGUACCCCGCCUCUCGCCCAAUAUCAGCUGGGAUAGGCUCCGCAAUCCCCCGCAAUCCUAAUGAAGAUUAGGCAGCAUAGAAAAAAAAUGAAUGAAUGAAUAUUCAUAAAUUACCAACAUAUGGUGAAAUACAUUUUCCUGCAGAAAAAAACAGCUUAUUUUCAAAGGAAAAUUUUAAAUUUUUUACCAACCAUCUCAAUGCUGAAUCGCCAAUGUGCAGGAUCCAUUGUAUUUCCUACCAAACAUCUACAACAGCAGCAACACCUAUUCCACAAGGUGCCGUCGCAACAAAGAAUGCUAAGUAGUAACAUCCUGCUGUCAACAUUACAUAACUUUGUUCCCAAAUCAUGUGCAUACUUCAACAUAGGGCGGAACUUUGCAAAAAAGACAAUACUUACUCUGCGAGCCAUCAGCAGACCAGUGCAGUAGGCCGCUGCGUAGUUCGUCAAGCCCACAGAGACACCGUAUUUGGGUAGCUCAUGUGAGUAGGCGGCGCACACAAUCAUGUCACCCUCAAUCUUGGCAUAGGCAAUCUGCAGAAGGUCGAACGUUAAAUGUGACAUGACAAAAAACAGUUGAUGGCACUUGGUGUUACAAAAUUAACUAACAUGAUUAUCACUACGGGUGUAACAAUACGUGCAUUUGUAUCGGACCGUUCAAUACACAUGCGUACCGAACUCUAACAAUACAAAGUUUCAUAUUCAUUUUAUCAACUUCUGACGGCACUUUGUGCUGAAAGCUCAGUGUACCUGCGAUCAACUACUCUGGCUUAGGUUGCAUUAUCAACCACAGAGACACUGAGCACCGCCUCCCACAUUCAUACCAUGCUGAAAAUGUUGAAAAAUGUUGACAAUUUCAAUAAAAUUCAAAUAAAAAAAGGCAAGGCAAUUUAUUAUUUGUAUCCAAAAAAUAUCAAACCGUAACACAAACGUAUAAAAAAAACUGAACCGUGAAUUUUGUGUAUCGUUGCACCCCAAUCAUCACAGGUCACUAGACUUUACAGAAUCAUUGAACAAGUGUGAUGUUCGUUCCGUCACCACAGCAACAGAGGUUGAUGGCACGUGACCCACCUGGCAGAUGAUGUCCCUGUUGGUGAAGCGGACAAUCAUGCGAUACUUGGGUGUGUUGUACUUGUUCUUAUCUUGGACGACCAGGCGCUUGCGGGCAAAGUAGUCAGUUUUCCCCUCUAGGAAAUGCACAAAUGUUAUAUUUUGAAAUUUAUGGAAAGAUAUGUGCCCAUAUGUGGGGGGUAGUCACGGUGGUACCUCUCCUCCUACGGAACUUGACCUGGUAUCUCUUGAAGUAGGCCUUAUUCUUCACCACUUUAACAAAACCCUGCAUGGAGAACACAGCAACAGAAGCAAAUUGACUCCUAUGUUCCAAAUAUAAGCAGUCAAAUUAACGGUACUUUAACUCGGCGGUGUGUACAUUCAACAUAACGGGCUGUCAGUGUCACUAGCUAAUGUUAGCAUGUAGCUCCACUGUAACUCAACGACAGGAGCUAGCACAGGCUAACCAAGCUAACAUGCUAAAUGGUAAG